AUGGAUCUUACAGAAAGAUUUGGAAAAGAAAACGCACCACAAGCUUAUGACCUUAGAAGAAAGGUCACGACAAUACAUCAAGAUGAUUUGACUGUUUCUACCUACUACACGAAUUUAAGAAGUAUUUGGGAUGAAGUUCAAUCUGUAAGCCCCACACCGACUUGCACACGCAAUGGAUGUUCCUGUGAUGUUACAAAGGAGUUUUUGAAGAUACGUGAGAAAGAGAGAUUGUAUGACUUCUUGAUGGGUUUAAAGGAGGAGUACAAUGCGGUCAAAACACAAAUAUUGAGUACUAAUCCUUCACCUAACCUAGGUGUCACAUACCACCUAGUAAGUCAAGACGAGCAACAACGACAGGUUGCGAUGGCCCAUUCUUACGGGAACGACACAACAACUUUUCAAAUUUCAGGAAAACCCAACAAUAAAGAUUUUGGGAAGGGAAACUCUCAGUCAUCGAAUAGCAAAAGAAAAAACGAUGACCGUUGGUGUAAACACUGUUAG